UGCUUCAGUUUCCUUCCUAACAUGCGCAGGCGCGUCACCGUGUCGCGAGGGGGGGAGAGAGAGAGAGAGAGAGAGAGACACUCACUGGAGCUCGUGCACGUGAUAUCGUCAGGCUAGGUUGUUGUCAAAAACGAGAACAGUUUUAGCAAGUUUUAGGUAUCACUGGCUUUUUCUUUUGGCCGUGAAAUCCCACUUUAAGGGCUCGACUGAUGUUUUUCCCCACUGUUACCCAUAGAGGACCUUAAAGGGGGCUAACGUUAGGCCUAUAUGGCCUCUACAGAGACGAAACAUGAGAUCUGCAGCCCCUUGAUGCCCCGGCGCAACGCUUUGAGGAAAACGUGUGCAGAGAUAGUAAAUGAGGUCAGACAGUCCCUGCGAGUUCAGUCCACCCACCGGCCAUUUACUCCCAGAGAUGGACAUAGACAACUUUUUGGGAGCGCAUCUAUCCGUGACAACAGACCACCUUCUACUUUUAGCCUUCAUGCUCAAAGUUUUGAUGCUUCAGACUCCAGGCCAGGUUCAGGGACUCGCCUCUCUCCUUUGGAUCAUAAGCCAAAGUUUUCAGUCCCCUGCGAUGCUGACGAUCCAUUCAAAGCCUUACCCAAACCUCCUACUAGCCCAGUGAAAGCACGGAGGGGGCUGGCAGGGGCAGGAGUACGAGCACGGCUCCUCAGACCUGGAUCUCUCACCAGGUUACCGCCUUUAGAAGGACACCAAAAUGUGAAAGAGCCACUGAAUGCAGGCCCAGGACAAAAGCAGCUGUCAGCUAAGCAACUUUCCAGUACAGACCACACCGCAGGUUACAGUGGUCCUGUCAAACCCGGCCCUCGCACAGCAGCAAGUCAAAGAAUGGUGCAGAGUGAUGUGGACUCAGGAGUAAGACCCAAAGACUGCAAAGGAGAUAGCACAGCAGAGCCAGAGCGUGGAGACAACAAGGGCAACGCAGAGGAGGAUGCAGAGUCACUGAUGUGGAAUAAUGUGAUCGUUCCUCUCCUUCAAAAACUAGAGAGUGUUGCUGCAGGCGGUUCCGAGGGCUCGGUUGACCGCCUGUGUGAUUUGUGUGACCGUCUCCACGGCACCUUGGCAGAGGCGGACAUGCUCGGUCGGCGCUGUAAGAAGAGGUCAGGGAUACUUCGAACACUGUUCCGACUCAUUGACCUCAACUAUGCCCAGCUCAACAUGCACAUUGCCCAGCUGUGCCUUGCUCUGUGCGUCAGUGGAAACAACCUGCUCAACAUCUGUAAACUCAUCUUCCAGAUCAGCCGCAGUGAAAGCAACGACAUCCUCUUCCAGAACAGCUCAGUCAUUGAUUCAUUGCUGAGGAUGCUAAGCAAUGAACAUGUGUCUGCAUCUGGAGAAGCAAUCCUGUAUUGUGUUGGAACUUUGAAAUUUCUCUCUGGAAAUGCUGAAAUCCUCAGAAUAUUGCUGGAUAAAAACUUCCUAGGUGUGGCACAGAAACUCAUCCAGAAACUCUGCAUAGUAGAAGAAACCAACCUCCCCAUAGCAGGCCACAUCCUCGUACAGCUGACAACGAUCCUGAGGAAUCUUGCUGAUCUCCAUGAGUCCCGUCCACUGUUUGUUUCAUUCUCCAUACUACCAGCGCUUUGCCAAGUGCUGCGGCAACACUGUGAAGAUCAGGAUGUCUGCAUGAACAUUUCCAGAAUUUACAGUAAACUUUCUUCAUAUUCUGAGUGCCGCCUCGCCCUGGCUCAGACCCCCGACUGCUACCAGCUAUUUUUAGAGCUGUUGAGCAAACAUCACCAAAAACAGGACCUCGUCGUGCGCCUCCUCUUCACCCUCGGGAAUCUCACAGCCAAAAGCGACGAGCCCCGGCUGGAGCUCUUUCAGUGCAACGGCUGCAUGCACACGCUUCUCUGGCUGUACGACAUCUACCAGCGAAAAGAUGGGCCACCUCACACAGUCGUGCAGAAAGGAGCCUCUCCUCCCGUCAGACCACAGGUGGCUGACGACGUGCUGGUGAAGCUGGUCAGGGUGCUGGCGAAUAUGUGCAUCCACCCCGUCGUGGGUCCACCUGUGGCCGCAGACACAGCCUGCGUUCGGCUUCUGAUGGAGACACUUGAGCUGAGGAAAGUGGAGGAGAGUGAGGAGCUGCUAGUCAAUGUGGCCGCCGCCAUCAACAACCUGUCCUUCUACCAGAAAGAGACUUCUGCCAUCAAACACAAUCAGCUCCAUAUUGCAAAGCUGAUGUUGAAGUUGCUCCUCAGCUCUAGUACAGGAGCCAUGCUCGAGGCCGUUCGCGUCUAUGGAAACCUGUCGCAUUACGAGGACGUUCGGAACUUCAUCAUGCGAAACAAAGUGCACCGGUUUGUGGUAACACUGCUCGACUCAAAGAGCAACGAGAUGUGCUUUGCAGCCUGCGGGGUCCUCACCAACCUGGCUCUGGAUCCUCCCAGCAGGGUCUGUCUCACGGUGGAGGGGGCUUCUGCCAAGCUAGUGGACUGUCUGAGAGACUUUGGACUGGGUGAUUGGCAGCUGGCGGGCCAGAUUUGCCAGGCCGUGUGGAACCUGACUGGUGGCAGCUCAGAGAAAGUAUUAGACACUGAGGAGAGAGAAUCGCUGCUGGAGAUCCUCGCUGCAUACUUAGAUGAGGAGGAGGCUCUGAAGUGGACGGAUAACGAGGACUUCAGGGACUUCCACAGAGCAUGUUGGGAGUUAGAGUUCCUACCAGUCGCUCAAAAACUGAUGAAGAUGCUCCAGUCUGCAGAUCUGACAACCUGAGAGAGUCGGGCGUGGAGUUUUGUGUCAGCAAAAACUGAAUUUAUACUUUUACAAUCAAACACGCCACCACCUGCAGCUUUGUAUAGCUGGCUGUAAAGUUUUGCAGUUUCCUUUUUGUGCAGAAAACACACGAGACCAGAGCUGAAAUGAGCUCAGCCGACUCCUGCACUAUAAUCCUCUAAAUAUGCUGAAUAUGCUCCACAUAGCCGUCAUGUUUUCCACCAAGGGUGAAGUUACAGCCAGUAAAGUUUAAAGGCUGCAGACCAGACAGGCCAAUAUGAAACACUUAUACUGUAAAUCUCAGGUUUUAAUUUUAUCUAAUCAUACAGGUAAUAAUCCAGGAUAUAGCAAGCAGGCUUAAUGUAAACUCUAAAAAAAAAAAAAAAAAAAAAAA